UGGAGACGGUCACGUCCCUCUCCCAAAUCCCGUGGGGUGCAGAGCCCGGCCAGGGGCUCACCACAGCUGCAGGGUGGGAAGCGCGUGUCCCGUGUCCUACAGCACGCUGUGGGCUGUGGAAUGGGGCAGAUCCAGCCCCAUCCAGGCAAGGAGCAGGGCACAGGGACAGAGCCAGCCUUUCCCCCUGCACCACGGACACUCAGGCAGCCGCCAGCCCCAUUCCCUGCACCCCAGCUCUGGGGCUGCCCCUUUGUCCCACACCCCAUCCUGGCUCCUCUCAACCACCAUGGUGGCACUGGGGUGAAAUCCUGCCCCAACCUAUUUUUAGCCGUGCUCCAGCUGGGAAUUAACGGUCUGGGACUGGCAGUUGGGAAAUGCCUCUUGCGCCGGGCCCAGCCCCUUUGCAGCGUUGCCUGUGUCAAAGUUUCCACUGUAAACCUCCAUUUUUUAGGAAUUCUCUAAUCAGCCAAAUGACCGUUGUCUGGAGCCAGGCACUGGCAGCAGCCCCAGUCCCCCAGCCUUGAGCAAUCCCACCCAGCUGGCUUCCAGCUGCACCCUUGGAAAACAACUGCAGCUUUGCUCUGUCAGGGUGACAAAACCAGAGCGGCUUUUCUACUUCCACAAGGAAAUUUGGGUCUCCUGCACAAAUCCUGGCAAUGGGCUCAGCCGUGGGCACGUGGCUGCUGCUCUUGGUGCUGCUGGCGGCGGCCCCGGCAGAGGCGGCAGCGCCGCGGCACCGCCCGGUGCUGCCGGACACCGCGGGCAGCGGGGACGGCGACGAGGCUUCGGCCACGCUGCCCGCCCAGCCCGUGACCCCCCGCGUCAGCCCCACGCUCGGGGACGUGCUGGGGACCACGGUGACCAACAGCUCGGCGCCGGGCGUGCUGGACAGGCUGGUGACUUUCCUCAAGGACUACCUGCUGCUGGUGGUGGUGGCGGGCUCGCUGUCCUUCGUCCUCCUCUUCAUCAUCUGCGCCGCCGUCAUCGUCAGGCAGAAGCACAAGGCCUCUGCCUACUACCCCUCCUCCUUUCCCAAGAAGAAAUACGUGGAUGAGCGGGACAAGUCGGGGGGAGCGCGGGCGUUCAGCGAGGUGCCUGAGAAAGCGGCCGAGGCCGGCGCGGAGGAGCCGCUGGACGGCAGCCGGCAGCUCCAGGCUGACAUCCUGGCUGCUGCCCAGAACCUCAAAUCCCCCCACAAGGCGCCGCUGGCCAACGGGGCCCGGGCCGAGCAGAAUUCCCCUCAGCAGGAAGAGGAGGAGAAGGAGGAAGAGGAAGGAAAGAAGUUGGGGGAUGAGCAAGCCAAGCCCCCUGCCCAAAAUCCAGGUGUGGAGGAAGGGGCGAGCGCAGGAAGCAAGGAGACCCCUGAUGCAUCCCAGGAUGGUGCCCAGGCUCCCUCUGGAAUCUGAGGAGGGACAGAGCCCUGGGCAAGCUGAGGAGCUGCUGCCUUGGGACACACGAUGGACAUGGUGGAUGAGGCUCUGUACGUAGGUGGUGGCUCAAGGAAGCCCUGAUGAAGAUCCCAUUGCCCCCCAUCUCCCCUGACCCUGGUGCUGAUGGGGGGGAUUUGCCAGCUGCUGGUUUUCCUCAGCCCAAGGGGCUUCUCCCACCCCAGGCACUGGGUGGGUGCAUCCCCCCAGCUCCAGCUCUGCCCCCACUGUGCCACCAGCUUCCUCCCAAAUGUUAUCUUAAUCAGCAGCAGCAGCCUGGUCUGUGCCAGGCACCUGGCUGGGAGCUGUGUCCCUCUGGGAAAAGGAAUGGGACCAGGGCUGGAGGGCUGUAGGACAUGGGUGAGCCUUGCCCAUGGCCACCCAGGAGAGAAGAGGAUGAGGAUUUAGGGACAAGGACCUUCUUUCCUUCUUUUACCCCAGAGCCCAGCUGGAUUUUUGCCUCAUUUCCUGAACUCCUUCAGCUAGAAAUAAACAUUUCCUCCGCACA